AUGCAUAACGCAGUUGCCUAUAAUAAAAGCAACAUUAUUCAUAAAAGAGAAAUACCAGAAUAUUUAGAAAAAUAUGUACCGACGCUGAAGUGGAAGAAAAACAGUUAUAGGAUCAUGGAUAUCGGAAGUGCAGAUGGCAGUGUCACUACUAUUCUUCAGACGUUUCUUCCACCGGCCUCCAAGAUACUGGGCUGUGAUAUUAGCGAAAACAUGGUGAAGUUCGCGACUGACAACUACAGUAACGGUCAGACAUCUUUCAUUGUACUGGAUAUUGCUGGUGACAUUCCGGAAGACAUGAAGGAAUCAUUCGAUCACGUGUUCUCAUUCUACACUCUUAACUGGGUUAGAGAUCAACAACGUGCUUUUGAAAAUAUCUUUAAUGUGCUGGAGCAAAACGGCGAGUGUUUUAUGGUUUUAGGGGCUUACAACCCAAUCUUUGACGUGUACCGCACCCUAGCAAAGGAUAGCAAAUGGAGCCCUUUUGUAUAUGAUGUGGAAAGAUAUAUUUCACCGUACCAUGACUCUCAGGAACCUGGUGAAGAAAUAGCAAAACUCAUGGAAAAUACUGGCUUCGUCGACGUCAAUGUGAAAUGUAAUGACAAGUGCUUUUUAUUCGAUGAUGAAAAUAUGAGAAUGAGUCUUCUGUCAGCACUCAACCCUUUCGAGAUACCGAAGUACAAAAUCGAUGAAUUUAGAAAGGACUACAAUCAAUUAAUAAACAACAUUGAAAGUGUGCAUCAAGUCGAAACUAACCACUCUCCGGAGUAUGCUACAUUGCACUACAAAUCUAUUGUAAUAUAUGGUCGCAAACCCUUAGCUUCUUAA